GGUGACGUAGUUGUUGUAGGGGUGGACCCUGGGUAAUGUCAGAUCCUCCUCUUGCUGUCAGAGGCAAGGCAGCUCCUGUCGUGGCACAAUAUCAGUAGAAUUAUGGGCAACACAAGCGACAGGGUGUCGGGGGAUCGCCAUGGCGCCAAAGCCCAUCGUUCUGACAGCAGCGGGAGUCACAAAGACCAAGAGCCCAGCAGCAAGAUGGUGGACAGCACAGACGACCCCAACAUUUUCAACACACGUGGAUCCAAAACGUCAGGAGAGAAAGAAUUCACCCCAGAUAUGGACGACCUGGUUAAAACGGGUCCUCAGGCUCGCCCCACUGUGAUUCGCUGGGCAGGAGGGGGGAAGGAGGUUUACAUAGCUGGUUCGUUCAACAACUGGUGCACAAAAAUACCCCUAAAUAAGAGUCAUAAUGACUUUGUAGCAAUUCUGGACCUGCCUGAGGGAGAGCACCAGUACAAGUUUUUUGUAGAUGGACAGUGGGUCCAUGAUCCUUCAGAGCCGGUGGUUACCAGCCAGCUCGGCACCAUCAACAACCUGAUCCAGGUGAAGAAGUCCGACUUUGAGGUGUUUGACGCCCUGCAGGUGGACUCUCUGGAAAGCUCCGACACGUCAGACCUGUCCAGCUCCCCUCCUGGACCCUAUGGCCAGGAGCAGUAUGUCUGCAGACCCGAGGAGCACUUCAAAGCUCCGCCCAUACUCCCGCCUCACCUGCUUCAAGUCAUUCUCAACAAAGACACCAACAUAUCCUGUGAUCCUGCCCUGCUGCCUGAACCCAACCACGUCAUGCUAAAUCACCUCUAUGCUCUUUCCAUAAAGGAUGGAGUGAUGGUGUUGAGUGCCACUCACAGAUACAAAAAGAAGUACGUCACCUCUCUGCUCUACAAGCCCAUCUAAAGCUCCGCUCAGGCACGUCCCGCGGCUCCAACAGAGCAGCUUGUUCGUAUUUUCUUUUUUUGGGGGGUGCUCAUCAUUACUUUUAGUCUAAAACUUGCACUGGAACACGUUUACAGGCGGGCUAAAGAGCGAUAGCACUGAGUGAGGUUUCACCUCUGCACACAGGGCUCUGAACAAAGAUAACAAAGCGUGUGUUUCUUAGUUGUGUUUAAGGGAGAUAUCACAACUGUACUGUGGCUUUUAUUGGUGACUAAAACACUGUGUUUCUUGGCAAAAAUGAAAACAACAACAACAACAAAAAAGUGUAAAAUGUAAUUUAAUCUUAUGAGGGUAAGGACCCGUGAGAGAUGUGUCGUCGUUCUUGAAUGAUGCUGGUUUGGUCCCUCAGUUUGAUCUGAAGAACCAUGGAUUCUGUUUUUAAGUUUGCUGCUGGAACGCACACUUAAACGGAGUGACCUGAGGGCUCAGCAGUGGUUUAACUUGACGUGCAAUAAUUUGCCACAAAAGCAUUUAUGUAUUCUUAAUGACCCAGACCGGGUAGACCCAGAGGUGUGAGCUGCUCAGUAGAAGCCCAAACGCCAGCUGAACUACAGGUGGAGCCGGGAUUCUACCAACUGUCGGUGGCGGUCGCUACGGAUUUGGUUCAAAAGGGAGUCGACCGUCCAGCUGAGGAAUGCGGUCACAAGUCUGUGUUAAGUUUCUGUUGCCUUCGUCCUGAAAUACGCUUGUGAGCACUUUAGCAUCCUGUGAGUAGGAGUGGUGAUGUGAGCUUUUAACUAUGCAGCAAACGGCUCUCGUACUGUAGCUCCUCUCAUCCGAUUUAGGGCUUUUUUCUGUAGAUUUGAAAGACUGGCCGUGCUCUCCAUGGUCGCGCUUUCAGAUUCUUCACCAGACAUGGGUACGCUGUUUGAGGCCUGCACACGCAAACGGUUUCAGAGUGUCUGCCUCUUUCAGAAAGUGAUCAUCACCACUUUGAAUUCACAGGGCUACGAUGAGGAGUUGCCAUGAAAUUAAAUAUUGUGAAGAAUUUGAUUGUGUGCAUGCUCACAAGCUAUUCUAUAUUAAGCUGUUUAAGCUACUCUAUAUUAUUUGGAAUGGUGAGUGUUGUACUGUAUAAUUGCACAUUAAUGUUCACGGUUGGUGAACUCUUUACUUAUUAAAGAGCUUUCAUAAAUCCCGUGUUUGGCUAGAUAUGCUAAAAGCAUUUACUGAAUGUUGAGCUUGGCUGUGAAGUUUUGUCCAAAGAGAUUUUUAGACUCACAGAUUUGAUAACAGAGUGUGUUUGUGGAGUUUUAAUGGUAAAACCAAAAAAAAGAAGAAAAAAAAACUUUAAUUUUGCAGCUGUUUCAUGAAUGUGUUAAAAUGCUUUGCAGAAGCAGUAUGAGAAUCCACUUUACAAGGUUUUACUUGUUUGAAAAAAAUAAAAACAGGACUUUCUCAUCCAGAAAUC